GAGGGAGGGGGAGGGGAGGGUAACCGGAACGGGGAAAAACGGGAAAGAAACGGGGAAAAAAAAAAAGGGAAAGAGGAGGCGGCCCCUCCCCCGCGGCGUGCGCGCUGCGUCAACGCGCCGUGCGCGCUGCGUCAUCAUCCUGCGCCCGCGCGCCCGCGUUGCUGUGGCAACCGGAGGGACGCUACGCGCCGGGGAUGGCGGGAAGGGGGUGGGGCGCCCCCUGGCGGCGCGGAGGGAGAGACGGGGGCGCCUUUGGUGGAGAGGGGCGGGAUACUGGGCGGGGUUAUGGCCAGGCUCCGCCCAUAACGUGUGGCUCCGCCCUCCUCGCGUGCAGGAGUUCGGCUCCGCCCCUUCGGGGGUCCCGGAUGGCCCGAGGUCCUCCGUCCGCGGGGGUCCCGAAUUCACCAGGGAUCACACAUGUCCCUGGGGGUCCCACAAAUCCCCGAGGAUCCCAAAUUCACAGGGACCCCACAGCUCCCGGGGAUCCCAAAUUCCCCAGGGGUCCCACAUGUCCCCAGUGGCUCCCAAUUUCCCAGGGAUCCCACAUUUCCCCGGGGAUCCCAAAUUCCCCAUGGAUUCCCCAUCCCCGGGAACCCCACAUCUCUGGACACCCCUCAUUCCCAGGGAUCCCUCAUCGCCCCAUGGAUCCCCUAUCCACAAGGGUCCCUCAUCCCCCAGGGAACCCCCACCCCCCUGGAAUUCCCUUCCUCUGAGUAUCCCCCACUGGUCGGGAUCUCCCAUCUCCAGAUAUCUCCAAAGACCCCUCGACCGCCCCAAAAUCCCCCUUCUCUGAGCAUCCCCGACCUCCAGAGAUCCCUCCAAACCCUCGGGGAUCCCCCAUCCAGAAUCCCCCCGGUGUUCCCGGGAAACCCCACCAGGUCUCUGCCCGUGCACCGGGCCGGGAUGGGACCGAAGUGACACCGGGGUGACACCGGGGUGGCACCGAUGUUCCCCCCGGGCAGCAGCAGCACCGUCGGCCCGGCUCCACCUUAACCGGAGCGGCCGCUCCGCUCUGCCCGGGCGGCUCCGGCGGAGCUCGGGGGCGUUUAUCUCGCCCGGGAUCAGCCAAUAUUUGUGGCCACGUCAGGAGAACGAGCCCAUCCUCGCCCCGUCAGUCCAGUUCUACCCCCUGCUCCUCUCCCUGCUCCCGGCGCUGCCGCUGCCUCUCCCGUUCUGCUGCUCGGACGCUGCCGGGAGUCCCCCGCUGUCACCUCGAUGUCGCUCACCGUGGCUCUCCUUCUCCUGAGCCUCGCACGGAUGGCCGCUGCCAAGGGCGAGUGGUGCCCGGCCUGCGGGGUGGCCGCGCUGGCCCCCGGGGCUCAGCGGGACGCGCUCCUGGCUCUGGCCAAGCGGAGCAUCCUGGCCAAGCUCCGGUUACCGGGCAGGCCCAGCGUGCCGCAGCCGCCGUCCCGGGGCUCGCUGCUCACCGCGCUCCGCACGAUGCUGCGGGACGGGGCCGCCACCCCCGGGAUGCUCCGGGACGGGGCCGCCACCCCCGGGAUGCCCCGAGACGGCACCGCCACCCCCGGGAUGCCCCGGGACGGCCGCGGGACGGGGCUGCAGGAGUACGAGAUGCUGAGUUUCGCUGAGUCAGGGUCCUCCACUUCCCACAGCGUCCACCUGCAUUUCCGCUUCUCCCAGGAGGUGGCCAGAAGCAGUGACAUCCAGCAGGCCACCCUGUACCUGUUCUGGGCAUCCCCUGGCGGCGGGGCACAGCGUGUCACCGUCAGGCUCCUGCAGCCAGACCCAGCGGGACCAAACCUGACGGUGACCGGCGAGACGCGGCUGGAGGUGCAGAGACCCGGCUGGACCACGCUGGACGUCGGAGCAGCCGUGCAGAGCCUCUUCACCCAGGACACCCCACGGCUCACGGUGCAGCUGGAGGUGCCGGAGGGCUGGGGGUCCCCUCUGCCACCCCACCCCAGCGAUUCCCACUGGCCAUUUGUGGUGGCCCGAGCCCAGGCCAGGACCCCUCACCGCGUCCGCCGGCGCGGCGUCGAUUGCGGCGCGGACUCGAGGAUGUGCUGCCGCCAGGAAUUCUUUGUGGAUUUCAAGGAGAUCGGCUGGGAGGAUUGGAUCAUCCAGCCCGAGGGGUACCACAUGAAUUACUGCUCGGGGCUGUGCCCGCUGCACAUGGCCGGCAUUCCCGGCCUCGCCGCCUCCUUCCACACCGCCGUCCUCAACCGCAUCAAGGCGGCGAGCGCGGCGGCGGCCGUGGAUUCCUGCUGCGUUCCCACCCAGCGCCGGCCCCUCUCCCUGCUCUACUACGAUCGCGACAGCAACAUCGUCAAGACCGACAUCCCCGACAUGAUCGUGGACUCCUGCGGCUGCACCUGAGCGCUGCCGGAGAGGGUGGGAGGGCGGGAC